AUGCAAAUGCAACUGCAACUCGUCCGUCCUUGUCCAUCCAAUCCAUCCACAUCACAUCACCUCACCACCACACCUCACCUCGUCGUCACCGCCGCCCGCCGCUUCUUGCCCAACGUCGUCGCCGUCGCCGCCCACCGCCGCAGGGCCUCGCUUGCUCCUCUGCUCUAUCCACCCCCGCCAUCCGACGACUGCCUUGCCGUUCUCGACCCGGGCGCACGCAACAACCCGUCGCCGGCCUCGGCUCCAGCUGCGACCCUCUCUCAUCCAUCCACCAGAGCUCCCCGCCCGCACGCACGCCCGCCGAGCCGCCGCCGAGUCGCCGACCCAGCCUGGACCGCCAAGGGCACGCGACACUCCACCUGGCCUCCGCCGCAGGCGGCCAGCCGGGCAUAUCUUGACCGCGUCGCAGACUCGCCGUCGCCCGGCACUGACCCGCGGCAGGGCCGGUGCCUCUGA